UAUAACAUGCUCCUAUGUGGAAGUUAAAAUCAUAUUCUCGCAACUAUUUAAAGAAUAUUUUGGUCAAGAAAUUAAUUCAAAGGAUGCAGACUUAUCAGCUCUCUCAUUUCUAAUAAACCUUUCUUCCUUAUCUAGCCCAGUCUCCAACAUUGUUUUGGACUCUUUUUGGCCACUAAUGUCUUUGCACAAUUAUGACAUAUGGAAUUAUGGGAUAGAUCUUUACACAUCUGUUCUAUUCAAUUGGCAAGACGUUCCACGUUUCACUGAUUCAACAGCCAAAGCCUUUUACAAUUAUUACAGCGGUGGUUCUAAUGGGCAAUUGUACAACCAUGUUCUUAGACCUAUAAUUCUUAAAAUGAUUGAUCCCAAAAAGAAGAAAUCUCACAAAGCAUCUUAUUUCAUGCGCGAAUUGUGUCAAAAAACUUUGGAGAAAUUGGUGAGUAAUAUUCAAAAAACUCUAUACGUAUAUGGCAAUACGGUGGAUCCCCAACAAACUACUGGAAUUUUGGUGCCUAUCUUUGAAAGCUUCAAGGACGAAAAUGUUAUCAGACUCAUAUGCCACCACUACGUCAACUGCUUACAAUUAACGACAGCUAACGACCAUUUCGACGCAGUCACGUGGUACAAAAAUUUUAUAACUUCUAUGUGCGUCUAUUACAAUGAUCAAAAUUAUUCGUUUAUCAUAAUAAAGCAACUAUUUCUAAGUGCAGACACUCAACAAAAGCUAGUAGUCUUAUUGGGAUUCAUUGAUGCGCUCGAAUCACUGGGUUACCCUAACGGCAAAGACUUAUACUCCCACAAUUUUAUGGAUCUCUUACUAAACCACCCUAUUGACACAUCAUCUAACUCAGAAAGAAUUGUUAAGGAUAAUAUCGUCAGCCGCGAAACGGAAGAAGAAUUGGAUUCCCGUGAAACCCGAUUGGAAGGAAUUGAAGCAGAAGAAGGCGAAUAUUACUUGAAAAUAUUGGGGAUUGCUGAAAAAAUGUUAGGCUACGUAUUCGAGGAAAAACGUUGCGAAGAAUUCGACCAUUUUAGUGAUAACGGUGCUCUAACCAAUUUUAUUUAUAAAUUUUUGAAUUCUUUUGUCACGCUAUUACCCGAUAUCAUAAGAAAACCAAUAUUUAUUACAGAAACGUUGAGCUCGAAGCUUUUGAAGUUCUUGUCCACUUUUAUUGACGGAUCUCAUAAAGGCAUAUCGUCGAAUUUCUUACUUCAUCCUUUUAAGGAUACCCCACAUUUCAUAAUUUUCACAAACUUUGCCAAAGCCUAUUUCAAAUGUCACGUUUUACAACAAACUGAUAUAAUUCGUAAAACGAAUAAUUUCCAAGUCAUAAACUCGCUUUUACCAAAUCUGAUCUUGAAUGAAGAUUUUCCUAGCGACAAUAAGAGAGAAGGCUCUGGUAGCGAUUCUACUCACUAUUACUUUGUCAAAAUCUUGAUCGAUGCGUGUUUCGAAUACUAUGAUUUUCAACAAGAUAAUCAUUCAACUCCUCACCAGGACUCUUCGGAAAAUAUUUCCUUAUUUUCGGAGAAUAUGCUCUUACAAAAUGAUACCUCGUCCCAUCAAUCGAAUCAGAUUAUUGCCGGUAAUAACCUGGAUAGGAGAAAGAUCAUAAAAACUAGGCAUAUCAACGAACGCGAUAGGGAAGAUAUUUUGAACAAUAAAAAUUACCUAACGCGUUCCAUUAACGAUCAUCUGAUAUGCACCCUCCUUGACUCAAUUUUGCUUCCGGCUAUCCAACAACCGAAAACUUCUAAUCACAACCAAUUAUUAUAUAAUCGCCUCUCCAAACUUAUCCUGGAUCAUUUAUGUUGUUCAAACAAUUCUUAUAGUCCUCGUGGACGUAAGGAGUUAGAGAUGGAUAAUAUAACGUUGGACGAGAGUUUAGUCGCCAUUUUGCAACAAAAUAGCGGAGAUAAUGAUAGCCCGAUCACUUUCGAAUGGGGUAAUAUAGCUCUUCACAAGGCUAACAUUACAAGGGACGCCAAAAUAGUGAAAAGACUAAAGAAAUAUCCCUUCAUAUGGCCUUUAAUGACUCAAGUCUUCUCCAAAAUUAACGUUACCAAACCUAUUACAACAGAAUGUGCUUUCUUAUUAAGGACCACCAUGUCUUACUUAUUAGUGCAUUGGGAAGGUGAUAGAAACCCUUACGCCCAUAUAUCGACACCUUUCUAUGGUUUAACCAUAGAUUUGUUAACUACUUUGAAUCAAGCUAAUAUUUUACCAAAUCUAUUUAUCAACAUACUCAUUAUAUUACCUUAUCUUCCAACCUUUGAGAUUCACACCAUUUUAGUGAUUAUAUGGAACUAUCUACAUGUAACAUUUUUUUGUAAAUAACUAAUAAUAUUAAAUAGGUGAAUUCAAUAUGUAUUGAUACAAGUGAUUUUGAUAAAAAGCGGCCAAAUUUAGAUGAUGCUUCUUCAAAACUCUUCCGAUCAAUAUUUCAAAAACAUAUAACAAAAAUUGGAAAAUAUUAUAGUCUCUUUUUUAAAUAAGUCUCUUUUCAUAUCUAGGUAUUACUGGCAAUAUAAAGUUUCCAAAUUGUGAAUCUUGUGUUAUAAAAUAUGCAAAAGAUGAUUGGUGUGCUUGCUAUAUAACAUUUUAUUUAUUUUAAAAUAUUAUUUAUAAUACUUUCAAAGCAAGUCGCUGAGUAGGAUUUAAUUGAGUAAAUUCAUUUACUUGUUUCAUAAUUCCAACCUACAUAAAUUAUAUAAUUUAAAUAAUAUGAUUUACCUGUAUUGGUGAUUCAAUAUUUUUUUGUAAGAUAUCAAGC